ACCAUUCCCGGCGUGCCCCGCGGCCCAGCCGGGGCUGCGACCUGACGCUUGCGGAGGGAGCGGCUCCGUCAGGAAGGCGGCAGUGGGCCCGGUCACCCAGCCGCAGCGAUGAGCUCGGCCAGGGAAUCCCAGGGCCACCACGGCCUCAAGCGAGCGGCCUCCCCCGAUGGCUCAAGCAGCUGGGAGGCGGCGGACCUGGGCAACGAGGAGCGGAAACAGAAGUUCCUGCGACUGAUGGGCGCUGGGAAGAAAGAACAUACUGGCCGCCUUGUUAUCGGAGACCACAGAUCAACCUCUCACUUCAGGACAGGGGAAGAAGACAAGAAGAUGAAUGAAGAACUGGAGUCCCAGUACCAGCAGAGCAUGGACAGCACGAUGUCUGGACGAAACCGGCGCCACUGUGGACUUGGUUUCAGUGAGUUUCAGGAAAGUGAAGAACAAGAAGAGGCAGCUGGGCACUCCUCUGAUGAGAGUUCAGAGGACUCCGAAAGUGGCUCUGAGUCAGAGCAAGAGGAGUCUGCAGAGGAGCUACAAGCUGCUGAAAAACAUGAUGAAGCUGAGGUUCCAGAGAGCAAGAAAGAAGCAAAAAGCAACUAUAAAAUGAUGUUUGUUAAAGCCAGUGGUUCAUAACUGCAGAUGUAACAGCUUUGUAUUUAAAAGUACGGUAAGCCUUAUUGUUACAGUGCAAAGUGGAGGACUGCUACAGCACAAAUCUUUGUAUUAUGAUUUUAAAAAGACCCCUUAGAUGACAUAAAGUAGUAUUUGCUUUCAGUUGCCAUGGAUAACAUUUUUAUGGGCAAAAGUGGUAUCACUGGUUUUUGUAAAGUGUAUAAAAUACUGGAUGGAGAAAUAAAUUCUUUUUGUUCCUGCCCAAUCUCUAUGAUGUUAUCUAAACUAUCCUUCCCUCUCCUCCCUUAUGCCAGAUAAGGAAACUUCAUGUUAGUGGUUUCUUUAGUUAGUCCCCCAGUCUUGAAUUUUAACUAUUAAGAGUACAUGUGAAUUACUCGCUGUUGCAUUAGUUGUAAAAUAUUAUUAUCAGUGCUAUCCUGUGAUGUGCUAGAGCUUUAAACAAUGAGCUUGUCUGUAGAUGCUGGUGUUGACAGGGCUAAGAGGAGAAAUGACUUCUGUGACAGUAUUAAUAACUGGAUCUGUCCACAGUCCUACAGCAGUUGCAGGGGAGACACCGUUUAGGAAAUGCAUGCUAGAACAGAAAGCUCUAAUUGCUGCUUUGGCUUUAUAAUGAGAGGGAUAAGCUGUAGUUCUUUGUACCUUUUAGUAGAAAAGAGUGGUUUUUGAAUGACUGGCUACUGGUUAUAGCACUGACGUGUUACUAAAAAUUACUCCUGAAGAAAGCAGUUUAGUUUGAAAGAGAAUAUAUACUUUGAUAAUGAAAAGGCUAUACAAAACAUUUAGCUUUUUAAAAUAUAAAAUAUAGAGUUAAAAGUAUGCAAGCCCUUCUUCCUUUUCUCCCCAUAACAUGCCUCACUUGGAGGUUUAAGGCAAUUACCACAAAAAGGUUGUACACCU